UUAAAAAAGCAGCCAUCAAAAGAGCACCAGAAAGCAUUCCAGAUGUUGUGCCCUUGAGGAAGCGAACGACACCCAUGAACCCUGCACUUGCAAUACGGCGGAAUCACACAAACAAUCUAGUUUCUCAGCGACCGUACAGGGACAGGGUGAUUCACUUACUGGCACUGAAGAGUUACACGAAACCAGAGCUGCUUGCUUGCUUGCAGAGAGAUGGUGUCAACCAAAAGGACAGGGAUUCCCUUGGAAUUAUUCUGAGAGAUGGUGUAGCCAGCCUGAAUACAAAGGAUAAUACUUACAGUCUGAAGAAUCAUCUGUUUAAAGAUAUUCAGAAAGAUUGGCCUGGAUACAACGAAACAGAUAAAGGGUUACUGGAGUUGAUACUUUCUACGAAAAGUCUUAUACUUUCUGUGACUACAGCUGCCCUUCAGUACACGCAGUUGAAAUCUGAAGAACACGAGAGCUUGUGUGUGAUAAGCUGGGAAAAACGGCUUUCAGAUUCCAAUUUUAUCAGUCCUCUGAACAAAAAGCCGAGGAUAUCUUGCCUCACCAGUCAAGUCCACGCAUCCCUCACUGGCUGCUUGCCAACCUCCGGUGAGAAAGUCACUGCCACCCCGCUGCUGCCUCCCCCCUCCACAGCUGCCACUAUGCCUUCUCCUCUGCUACUCACUUUCACACUCCUUCCCACUUCCAACCUUCUGCAAACUGCCACCUCGAACUCCUCCAGCACCCCUGAGGGGCUGGGAACACAAGACUUGCCAAUGUACAGCUUCAAUCAAAAUAGCAGUAGCAUCUCUGAGGACCAGCAGCAAAAAUAUACCGCUCAGACUCCUUUGGGAAUCCCAGCGCCUGCCGUGGUGACUGUGGAGCCUCCCAGGCCCACAGGCGAGGAGCAUGCUGUGUUGCACCAAAAGCCCAGGGACAUAAAUGAGCAUAAGGAGGACAAAAGCAAAACAAAGGACACUACAAGUGCAAGUGAGGAGAAGAAAGACCUUAGAAAAGAAGAAACAGCUGAGCUGAAAAAAUCCUCCCAUUUAGAUUCAGGUGAAGGAGUUAAAGAAACUUGCGCUGCCUCCACAGAUCCUACUUCAUCAAGUGAACAACCAGACUACUUCAU